UAUGUUAUUCAGUCUACUUUAAACAUAAGCAUUUUGGUUGAAGCUAAAGCAACAGGUAGUUUCCUACUAACACGUGUCUGAAACGUGAGAGCUGCCACACUGUCUGUCUCUCUCGCACAUGCGCACUUUGAUUCGCUAGCGAAAAUAAACAACAAACAAAGCACUUGUGGCUCAAUUUAAAAUUGAAUUCAAUUAAAUUAAACGUGCCAAAUGCUGCGCAAGGUGCCGCUCAUAGUCAUACUGGGCUCCACGGGCACGGGCAAGACGAAAUUAUCGCUGGAGCUGGCCGAGCGCUUUGGCGGCGAGAUAAUCAGCGCGGAUUCCAUGCAAGUAUACACAAACUUGGACAUUGCCACAGCAAAGGCCACCAAGGAGGAGCAGGCACGUGCGCGGCAUCAUCUGCUGGACGUUGCGACGCCGGCUGAGCCAUUUACCGUAACGCACUUUCGCAAUGCGGCAUUACCCAUCAUUGAGCAGCUGCUGGCCAAAUCGAAGCCGCCAAUUGUGGUCGGCGGCACCAACUACUAUAUCGAAUCCUUGCUGUGGGACAUAUUGGUUAGCACCAAAGAGGAGCAGGCAGCAACAGUUGAACAACAGUUGUCCGCGGAGCUAAUGGCCGGCAUGUCCACGGCGGAAUUGCAUCAGCGUUUGGCCCAGAUUGAUGCCAGCAGCGCGAAUCGCAUACAUCCCAACAAUCGGCGCAAGAUCCAGCGCGCCAUUGAGGUGUACCAAAGCACGGGCCAGACCUUGAGCGAAAAGCUAAUGGAGCAGCGCCAGCAGCCAGGUGGCAAUCGCCUGGGUGGUCCACUGCGUUACCCACACACCAUACUACUCUGGCUGCGCUGCCAGCAGGAUGUGCUGAAUGAGCGGCUAGACAAACGAGUUGAUGGCAUGCUGCAGCAGGGUCUGCUCAAGGAGUUGCGUCAGUUCCACAACAGCUAUGCGAACGUCACCUUGCAGGCGUACACUAAGGGCGUGCUGCAGACCAUUGGCUACAAGGAGUUUGUGCCAUAUUUGCAGAAAUACGAUGCGCAGCAGGAUGACAGGCUAGAGGCGUACCUAAGUGCGCACCAAUACCAGCUGCCCACGUCGGAGCAGCUUCUGGCCAUGGAGAGCGAGGCGGAGCAUCUCGCUGCCAGUCUCAAGCUGCUGAGCAGCUGCUGUGCCGAAUUGAAGCUGGUCACGCGUCGCUACUCCAAGAAGCAGCUGAAGUGGAUAUACAAUCGUUUUCUGGCCAGCAAAGAUCGACAAGUGCCCGAUCUAUACGAGCUGGACACCAGCAUUGUGAGCGCCUGGCCCGAAGCGGUCUUUAAGCGUGCCGAGUGCAUCAUAGACAGCUAUUGCCAGGCGCAAAACUGCGAGAUUCUGCCCAUUGCCAGACGUGUGCAUCCUGGCGCCGAUCUAAACGAGGAGACGAGCCAUUUUUGUGCCAUUUGCGAGCGUCAUUUCGUCGGUGAAUAUCAGUGGGGCCUGCAUCUGAAGUCAAACAAGCACAAGCGACGCCGCGAGUCGCAGCGGCGCAAGCAGCGAGAGGCGGCAGAACAGGCGGAACAGGCAGCUAGACCCCAAUCGAAGCCGGUUGCCGAGCUUCCCGAUAAGACGCUGUAACCGAGACGGCCAGACAGAUGUAGUAAUAAAUGUAUUUACGUAUAAAAACCUGAGUAUUAGCUUGCAAUACACUUGC